CUGCACGGUCAAUGCUACGAUCACAGCGGAGACCCUGAGAUGCGGGUCACAGCCAUGCUGGAGCUGGGAACCCCCCUGGAGAUGAUUCAGCUCCUGCAGACCCCCUGGGAGGAGAGAUUUAAAAUUUGCCUGAGUCUUGUGAAACUGCUGUUUUACUUGGCACAUUCCCCCCUGGGUUCAGUAGUUCUCUUGGAUUUCCAGCCGAGACAGUUUGUUAUGGUGGAUGGAAACCUAAAAGUGACAGACAUGGAUGAUGCCAGCACUGAGGAACUGUCAUGCAAGGAAGAUAAUGACUGUACACUCGACUUUCCUACGAAAAGCUUCCCUCUCAAAUGCUCUGCAGUUGGGAAAUGUGAAGGAAUAAAUGAAAAGAAGAAUCUUUUCAAUGCAUAUCGGUAUUUUUUCACCUAUCUUUUACCACACUCUGCACCACCGGCUCUGCGGCCCUUUCUGAGCGAUAUUCUGAAUGCAACAGGUGAUUUACGAUACGGAAUAAAUGAAACCCUGAAAGCUUUUGAAAAAGUUUUACAUCUGUACAAGUCUGGGCUCUAUCUGCAGAAAAGACCUCUUCUUUUAAAAGACUACAUAUCCCUGAAGGGCUUCCGAACCACAGAAGGAGAAGACUACAAGUGCUGGCCCUCCUACAGCCACCUGGGGUGCCUGCUCUCCGUUCACAGCGCCGAGGAGGCCGCUGCAAUUUGUCACUCCCAAUCGCAGUGUCAGAGUUUUAUCAUCACCCAGCAGAGGACGUGGACAGGACGCCCACUCGCCUCGUUUCAUAGUCGGCCGACUGAUUUAAUACCGGAUGCUAAUGCUGUGGUCUAUAUUAAACGAUCGGCUUCCUCAGGGGAAAGACUUUAA